AAUGACUCCAGGUGUGUGCCAGCCCCUAGGACAGGUGUCAGGUUACAAGAUGCAUCAUCAUUCCAGUUUGGCAACUUCACCCAUGUGGUUGUUUUAAUCAACUGGCCCCGCGGUCCCCAAAUCACUCCUGGAAUACAGCAGCGGAGGCGGCUAGGGUGCUAAGGGAAGACGGAUGCCGGGCAUGUGGGACCAAGGCCUCUUCUAGCCAGCGCUGCCCCAGGACCUCUGACCUGCUGGCCAGCCAGGGCCGGAUCCAAGGAGGCCCACCUCCUGACGGGCCACCUACCUCAGUUCCAGCCCAUAGAGAAAUCUGGAAGAUCACAGAGCCAGCAUGGAUCCUGACAGCGACCAACCCCUGAACAGCCUUGAUGUCACCCCCCUGCGCAAACCCCGAACUCCUCCCCUGGAGACCUUCAAAAAGGUGGGGAUCCCAAUCAUCGCAGCGCUGCUGAGCCUGGCGACCAUCAUCAUCAUGGCUGUCCUCAUCAAGGUGAUUCUGGACAAAUACUACUUCCUCUGCGGGCAGCCUCUCCACUUCAUCUUGAGGAGGCAAGUGUGUGAUGGCCAGCAGGACUGUGCCUCUGGGGAGGACGAGCAGCACUGUGUCAAGACCUUCCCUGAUGGGUCCCCAGUGGCAGUCCGCCUCUCCAGGGACCGAUCCACCCUGCAAGUGCUGGACCCAGCCACACGGAGCUGGGCCUCUGCCUGCUUUGACAACUUCACAGAAGCUCUGGCCAAGACAGCCUGUGGGCAGAUGGGCUAUGCCAGCAAACCCACCUUCAAAGCUGUGGAAAUUGGCCCAGACCAAGAUCUGGAUGUUGUUGGAAUCACAGAAAAUGGCCAAGAGCUUCAGGUGCAAAACCAAAGUGGACCCUGUCUCUCAAGCUCCCUGGUCUCCCUGCACUGCCUUGCCUGUGGGGACAGCCUGAAGGCCCCUCGGGUAGUGGGCGGGGAGACGGCCUCUGUGGAUUCCUGGCCUUGGCAGGUCAGCAUCCAGUACAACAAACAACACAUCUGUGGAGGGAGCAUUCUGGACCCCUACUGGAUCCUCACGGCAGCCCACUGUUUCAGGAAGCAUCACGAUGUGUCCACCUGGAAGGUAAGGGCUGGCUCAGACAAACUGGGCAACUUCCCAUCCCUGCCUGUGGCCAGCAUCUUCAUCAUUGAGCUGAACACCACGUACCCAAAAGAGAAGGACAUUGCCCUCGUGAAGCUGCAGUUCCCACUCACAUUCUCCGGCACAGUCAGGCCCAUCUGCCUGCCCUUUUUUGAUGAGGAGCUCACUCCAGCCACCCCGCUCUGGGUCAUCGGAUGGGGCUUUACGAAGCAAGAUGGAGGAAAGCUGUCUGACACACUGCUGCAGGCCUCGGUCCAGGUCAUUAACCAUACUCGGUGCAACGCAGAGGACGCCUACCAAGGGGAAGUUACUGAGCAGAUGCUGUGUGCCGGCAUCCUGGAGGGCGGCGUGGACACCUGCCAGGGUGACAGCGGUGGGCCCCUGAUGUAUCACUCUGACCAGUGGCAAGUGGUGGGCAUCGUGAGCUGGGGCCACGGCUGUGGGGGCCCCAGCACCCCAGGAGUAUACACCAAGGUCACAGCCUAUCUCAACUGGAUCUACAAUGUCCGGAAGGUGAGCCUGUUGCGCCGCCCCCUUCCUCCACCUUAA